GCCUGCCCUGGGGUUGAACUAUCUCCGCCCUCUCCAGGGCCAUUCUAAGAGUACCAGCCUCUGCUAGCUGCCACUGAGGCCUUGGACAGCGUCCCUGGAAGGCGGCUCCGGAAUGAAAAUGUGGCUGUUGGGUCUGGUGUUCUGUUCGACCCUUGGGACCCUGCAUUCUGAGACCUCCAGAGGGAAGACCGCACCUGUGGAUCCUGAAACAAAUAUGAAUGUGACUGAAAUUAUCUCUUACUGGGGAUUUCCCAGUGAGGAACACUUCGUGGAGACAGAAGAUGGGUAUAUUCUUGGCCUCCACCGAAUUCCUCACGGGAGGAAGGACCGUUUUGACAAAGGUCCCAAGCCAGUGGUGUUCCUGCAGCACGGCUUCCUGGCAGAUUCAAGUAACUGGGUCCUGAACCUGCCCAACAACAGCCUGGGCUUCAUCCUGGCAGACGCCGGGUUUGACGUGUGGAUGGGGAACAGCCGGGGCAACACCUGGGCUCGGCAACACAAGACGCUUUCGGUUCUUCAGGAAGAGUUUUGGGCCUUCAGUUUUGAUGAGAUGGCAAUGUAUGACUUACCGGCUUCCAUUAACUUCGUUCUGAACAAAACUGGCCAAAAGCAAGUGUAUUAUGUGGGUCAUUCCCAAGGCACCACGAUAGGUUUUAUAGCAUUCACACGGAUCCCAGCACUGGCCAAAAAGAUUAAAAUGUUUUUUGCCCUGGCUCCUGUGACUUCAAUCAGGUUCUCUACAAGCCCUCUUCUUAAAAUACUAGGACUUCCAGACCUUGUCAUUAAGGAGUUAUUUGGAGACAAAGAAUUUUUACCCCAGAGUGAAGUUUUUGAGUGGCUGAGUGUUCACGUUUGCAAUCACGUUGUCCUAAAGGAGCUUUGUGGAAAUAUCAUGUUUCUUCUGUGUGGGUUCAAUGAGAGAAACUUAAAUAUGUCUAGAGUGCCGGUGUACAUAACACACUCUCCUGCCGGGACCUCUGUGCAGAACAUGAAGCACUGGGGCCAGAGUUGGAGAUCACAAAAGUUUCAAGCCUUUGACUGGGGGAGCAGGGCCAGGAACUAUUUUCAUUACAACCAGACUUCCCCUCCCACUUACAACGUGAGAGACAUGGCUGUGCCGACUGCCCUGUGGAGCGGGGGCCGGGACUGGCUCGCGGAUGCCACGGACAUCGGCAUCCUACUGACCCAGAUCACCAACUUGGUGUACCACGAGAGCAUUCCAGAGUGGGAACAUCUGGACUUUAUCUGGGGCUUGGAUGCCUCUUGGAAGCUCUAUAAGGAGAUUGUGAACCUCAUGAGGAAGUAUCAGUGAGAGCCAGGUGGACACACUCACCAUCGUCAAGUCAACGAAUGAAGCAUGUCCAAAAUGUAUUGGCUUGAUUUUUCUAAAGUACUUAUUUUUCUUUCCCAGCCCUUUUAUAUUUUUAUAUGCAAGAAAAUUACGAUGUUGAAGAUAACCUAAGUCUCUCCAGUUAGGGUUAGAAACGCACUUGCUUUUUGUGUUGUUUAAUCAUGGCCAAAUACGCAGCUUGUGUUUCAACCAUUGGGUGGUUUCUUUAAGUCUUCUAAAAUGUCACUGAUGUGUGAAAGGUCAUAACCAUUCUGCUUGUCCAUACCAGUUAAAAUGCACUGGAUUUCUUUUUGUACCCACACACAGCACACACUGACACCUGUGUUGGAGUGUUUAGACUGAGCUGUUCAUUGGUAAAUGACCUGAGACUGACUGGAGAGAAACUUGGUAUAUAAGCGCCCAGUUCUUAUCGCUUGGCCCCGAGAGGCUGCCCAGUGGAAUGGCCCUGUGUCGGGGGUCGAAAGGACACUCUGUCGUGUCCUCCUGCAGUAGGUGCUGAGUCAAAUCCAGUGACACUCCAGCCGUGUCAGUUAUAAAGAUUCUGUAAUGAGUUUUAUCAAAUCUUAUCUGUGAUGGCUGUUAUUUACCAAGAGUUUACAUUCCUCAGAUGAAGCAAAUUAGUUUGCUGCAGUCCUCAAAAGCAAAUUACACUCAUUAAAAAACAACAGGUGUAUUUUAAAUACUUGAAGACCGAUACACACAACCAUGCGUGUUCAUGAACUUCAUCGUGAGUCAGGUCAUAAGCCCACUUGUUUGAGAAGAAACGUGCUGUGGAGAGAUGAUGCCACUAUUUUUCCUGAAAUCAAGGUACUGUCUCAACCAGCUGGUGUAGCUCGGCGAUGACGGCGUGUGCAGCAGAAGCCCCGAGGCUGCCUCCGAGGAGUGUCCUAAUCCAUUUUCACUAGAAAGAAAUAUGCACGCCUUAAGAUUAAAGCUCAGGGAAUCGCUUUGUGUUUGAGUUUUGUGUGUGCACGUGUUUUCACUACUCCUGAUUUGCACCCCUGUGUCCGGAAGCCCAUGUUCACUGACUUUUCUCACAGCCUUACAGUCCUGUCAGAUGGACAGAAUAACAGUUGAUAUGCUUUUCUGAUUUAGUUAUUUUAGCUGCAAUAAUAAACGGUAAUUGAUAUUGGCUAAUAUGUGGAAACGGCAUAAUAACUACUUUGUAACCAAUAAAGAGUCUUAUUUGAACUUUUAAUAAAACUCCAUGAGGCUCAUAGGCUUGAA